GAAAUCUUACUAAGUUGGAUAGAGCGCACGCCUGCAUAAGACAAGAACAACUUCAGCUUGCUUUUCCGCUUUCCUUUGCGCAGCACUUACGUUCUUUCGGUUUCGUUUGUCUUCGUGUGUGGCGCUUAAACUCGUCACUGCGACUGACCAUCCAACGCCAAGAAGUUUGUUCAUCACAGAAAGUACAAGCUCAUCUCCUCCUUUGCCAACAGGGGACUGAAGAGCAAAGAACGACGAGAAACCAUGAGGCCCGCCUUUAAACCGGUGCCCUCCCCGGGCAAGCAGUUGAAAAAGCCCGGCGAGAAACGCGCCGGGCCGUUGCCCGCGCACUCUCGGUUUGCGCGGACGAAGACGGUCCCGCCGAUGUCCACG